AUGGGAAACGUCACCAUUGGCUGCACAUCCACGGAGCUGCGCGUGCCACCCGGCUACAUGGUGGAGUUCGAUCGCGACGUGGCCGCCGAUCUCUCUGCCUGGUAUCGGUGCCCCAAUGAGAUGGCCUGCCGCGGCGGACACUUCAAUGCCAGCAGCGUCCCCGGGGCGCGCGCGCAGGAGCUGGCGCCCAUGUGUGAAGAGGGCUAUCGUGGCCCCGGGUGCACGAGCUGCACUGAAGGCCACGCGCGUGCAGAUGCAGAUGUUCUGCAGUGCAUCCCGUGUGCCAACUGGACCACCUCGCCAAAGCAGGUGGUGUGGUACGUCAGCUUCUUUCUCUUGAAGAACCUGGCCCUCUUCGUUUCGGCAGUU